GCUCGUACGUGCACCCGCAAGCACGUCCCCGCGCCUCGUUAGUGAAGUAGCAGGUUCGUUACGACGCUAUCAGUGAAGAGCACGACAGAUUACACACCCGUUCGGACCAACGCUUCGGAAGAUAUGACGUGAAACACAAAAAGUCGAUCACUUAGAAGGGUUUGAAAUCUUUUUUUCGUCAACUUCGCAGUGUAAACAUUUCUUUCCCACACAGAACUGAAGUGAUAAACAGACGUUUAAACAUACGUUUAGAGUAACUUCAUCUCUGACUACAGCUUCAUCCAAGAGAUCUCAGCCAUGGAUUCCUUCAUUCCCAGAUCUUUCUGGAACCUUCGAAUUGCUCUGGUUGUUGCGUUUGUGCCUGGCUCAACAGGGGCACCACAGGGCUGUGGCUCAAACGUAAGCUCUCUCUACUAUAACCUGUGCGAUCUUGGUGCAGUUUGGGGCAUCGUACUGGAGGCAUUUGCCACCGCCGGUGUGUUGAUAUGCCUCAUUCUGUUGAUGGUUCUCCUUGCCAGCCUGCCAUUUAUGUCGGAUAGCAGGCGACGUAGAUCAGUACCAUUGGACGUUGGCUUAAUUGUGGGUGCUCUGGGCCUCUUUGGGCUGGCAUUUGCCUUCAUCGUGGGCAUGGACUUUGCCACAUGCACCUCGCGCCGCUUCCUGUUUGGUGUGUUGUUUGCAGCCUGCUUCUCCUGCCUUCUUAUGAAAGCCAUAAAUCUAAACAUCCUCUCCAGGUACAACAAGGCACCCAGAGCCUGGGCACUAUGCCUCGGAGCCUUGGCGCUUUGGUUGGUCGAAGUGAUCAUCAACACAGAAUGGCUGAUUAUCACCAUGGUCCGCCAGCCCAUUAAUGUCACGUUUGGUCUGCCUGUGCCAUGCUUGAUUGCUAACAAAGACUUUGUAAUGGCUCUUAUUUAUGUUAUGGUUCUACUGGUGGCUGUCAUUGUGGCAUCCAUAUCAAUCCUGUUCGGCGAGCACCAGCGCUGGCACAAGGACGGUGUCUUCAUCCUGCUCACUGGAAUGUUCUCACUGGGCAUUUGGGUUGCAUGGAUAGUCAUGUACACUUACGGCAAUGCCCAGCAAGGCAGCCCUGCAUGGGGCGACCCGACCCUCACUAUAGCACUGGUGGCUAAUGCCUGGGUGUUCUUAUUGCUUUACACAGUGCCCGAGCUGUGCCAGGUAACCGAUGACUCAGACAGCGUAUCAUCCAUCCCUUCUGAUGUCUACACAAACCAUGCAGUGGGGUAUGAGAACAUCCUCAAAGAGCAAAGCUCACAGAACAUGUUUAUGGAAAAUAAGGCCUUCUCUAUGGACGAACCCAAAACAGGUAACAAGCCUCUGUCUCCAUAUAGCGGCUACAACGGACAGAUGCGCAGCUCCGUGUACCAGCCUACGGAGCUCGCAAUUAUCACCAAAGGAGUGACAAAUCUACAGGUGGACCAUUCGUAUGAUACUACGAUCCCACGAGCCUCUCUCGUCUCCCAACCCAGUCAGAGCGGCAACAUCAGCCCUCCCAUGUCUGACAUCGGACGGAAACCUGUCACUAACGGUAACGGCCUGAACUGGAAAUCACAGUGGUGAAUCUAGCCAAGACUUCCUGCUUUGGAUGCCUUACUCUGUUCUUUUUCUUACAACAACGUUUCAUUAUGUUUUCACCUUGGCCAAGGAACUUUUUACAGGCCAAAGAACUUAGAAGCUUCAUCUCAGAAUGUCUAGGUAUCAAUUUGCCCAUUAAAGACAAUUUAUGGGCAUUUUGUCACAGCGAACCUGAAUAAGAAAUUCAGCCCAGGAGAUGAGACUGCAGAGUUGGAUGUAGGAAUGUUCAUGGAGACUGUUCAUGUAUUACGCAGUGGUUGUCUUUGCUACUACAAUACUAUGCAUUUAGAAUAAAGAGAAAGAAUGGCUGAUGAAUGGUACUUUUUAAUAAUGUGAAAUGUUGCUUGUAACUGGGCAUAAAUGAACCAAUCCAGUGUACAGUUUAUAAUACCUUUUUUCUGAGAGUGUAUGUCUGAAACUGUUCAUUCAUCUGCUACAACCAGUAAAAUGUAGGUACAGUAGUGAGAUCAUCUGUAUGCAAUCCUUUUAAGUUAAAGGUACAAACUCAGAAAAAAGGUUCUAAAUGGUACAUUUCAUGGUAUACAUGAUGGGUAUCUAUAGGUAUAUAUUUUAUAUACAUUUACAGUACAUCGUACCUUUGUCAUACCUUUUUUUCUGGCAGUGAAGCUUGCAGCAACAUUUCUGUGAAGUGGGUAUGUUGUGAUUAAUAUCAUUUUAUUAGUGCGGAAUUUAAUCAAUGCUGUAUUUUAAAGGUUUAAAGCUAAAAUGUGUUCAGUAUUGCAACACAUUAUUCAAAGAUAAUUUCUCCAAUAAUUGCAGGAGAUAAACGCACGUAUAUGUGAGAUAUGUACACACAUGCACCCACACACACAUUAAGAUGUAUCACAUUUCAUUAAUAGGUGUAUACAGAGAUGUAUUUUUGUGUGCUUGUGUAUGUUCAUGUGAAUGGUUUGCUCUUCAUUUCCGUGAAGACAAAGUCCCGGCUGUGCUUGAAAGAUAAGAUCCCAAAGUGAAAUUUAUCAACUGGAAAAGUUCCUGUCCACCAUAAGCAGUGCUCGCAAAAUUUACAUAGCAACAGCAGAUAAGUCUCACCUACAGACUUUCCUACCUACAGGAAUAGACAAGUCUGAUCAAGCAGAUUGCGGCAUGGGGUUUUUUAAGGGCAACUAAUUAUAGGUUUAUAUUUAAGGCCUUUUCUGUAAGUUAGACUUAUUUUUCUAGGCAAAAUAUAUAUAUUUUUUUUUUUAUUACUAGACAUUUGCAUAUUAUUAAUGUGAGAUCUUAAUUUUUGACAUUCUUGUAGCAGUUGAUGAUAAUACGGUCAACUUUGGUGCCAUGUCUAAUGACUAUCUGGAAUGUGUGCAUUUUUUUAUAUGCAUUAAAUGAUUUAAGCCAUGGGCAGGUUGCCAUCAUUAUAAGACACAUUUUAUUAUUAUAUUUUGUGUAUAAAUGUUAAACUCUGAAAGUUCUUGUCAAUAUAAUUGUAAAGACUAUGGGCCAUUUCUUAAGUAAAAUGUAUUAGAAUAUGCAUAAGAAAUUAACCAUAAGGAUAAGAGAAAUAAACAUAAGUUUGUUUGGGCUUUUGUUUUGCUAGAAUUUUAAUAUAUGCAUCAAGUUGUAUGAUUGGAAAUCCAGAGAACAUAAAAAGAGCAAACCUAUAAUAUCUAAUCCA